UCUCUGCUGUUCAUGUCCUUGCUCGUAAGGCCAUACCUCCCCAGUAACCACGCUCGACUCAACCACCGCCGAUCACUCCGUCAUGGCUCGUCGAGCCCUGACCCUCCCCAUCCUCAAACGCCUCUCCGACUCUUCCACCGCCAGCGCCACACGCCUGCUCCCUCCCUCCCAGCCCGCCCGGACCGUCACCUACAUGCCCCGCCCCGGCGACGGGGCUCCGCGCGCCGUGACCCUGAUCCCCGGAGACGGAAUCGGCCCUCUGGUCACCAACGCUGUCGAGCAGGUCAUGUCGGCGAUGCACGCGCCCGUCUACUUCGACACCUACGAGGUCCACGGCAACAUGAAGCGCGUGCCCGAGGAGGUGAUCGAGUCGAUACGCAAAAACAAGGUGUGCCUGAAGGGGGGGUUGAGGACUCCGGUCGGCGGCGGAGUCAGCUCGCUGAACGUGCAGCUGAGGAAGGAGCUCGACUUGUACGCUUCGCUCGUGAAUUGCUUUAACUUGCCCGGGUUGCCCACGCGGCACGAGGGGGUGGAUAUCGUGGUGAUCAGGGAGAACACGGAGGGCGAGUACUCUGGGCUCGAGCACGAGGUUGUUCCUGGCGUCGUGGAGAGCCUGAAGGUGAUUACAAAGUUCUGUUCGGAACGCAUUGCAAAAUAUGCAUUUGAAUAUGCAUACUUAAACAACAGAAAGAAGGUGACAGCUGUCCACAAAGCCAACAUUAUGAAACUUGCUGAUGGCUUAUUUUUAGAAUCUUGUCGGGAGGUUGCAACAAAAUAUCCCAGCAUCAAGUACAACGAGAUCAUAGUUGAUAAUUGCUGCAUGCAACUUGUUUCAAAGCCUGAGCAAUUUGACGUGAUGGUGACUCCAAAUCUUUAUGGCAAUUUAGUAGCCAAUACAGCAGCAGGUAUUGCUGGAGGAACAGGUGUUAUGCCCGGAGGCAAUGUGGGGGCAGAUACUGCUGUUUUUGAACAAGGUGCGUCAGCAGGAAAUGUUGGGAACGAAAAGAUAGUGGAGCACAAGAAGGCAAAUCCAGUGGCCUUCCUUCUCUCAUCUGCUAUGAUGUUGCGGCACUUGCAAUUUCCAUCUUUUGCCGAUCGACUCGAGACUGCAGUAAAGCGAGUAAUCUCAGAGGGUAAAGUCCGGACAAAAGAUCUCGGAGGAGACAGUACAACCCAGGAGGUUGUAGACGCCGUCAUUGCUAAGCUGGAUUAACUGUUAGAACCUCCUUGUGACAGCUGAUUAAUACUUCUGAGUACAGUCCUUUUGCCAUUCUUGUAUGUUUUGGUUCUUGAAAUUGCUCCAAUGUCAAUUUUUUUGGGCUAACCCUGCGUAUUUCUUAUGUAGUGUGAUUAGUACCUAUAAAUGAAGAGUUCUGAGAG